AUGGAUAGACUACUGGAACUUGAAUUUAUCAUCCAAGAAAUUUCUAAUGUUGAACCAGAAAUACUAGAAGAUUGUGUAAACUGGAAAGAAACUGCAGACGACAUCAUAUUGAAACUGCGUGAUCUCCAUAUACAAAUGUCUCACAAAUACCCUUCAUCUAACACUCUAUUGACAAUGAACAACUCACUAUUAACACCACCACACAGCGCUCAUUCUACUAGCUCCACGAGCAGUAUUCAUUCCGAUUCUUCCUUAUUUGGUGAUGAAAACUAUUCGUUGGCAUCGCAAGCCUUUGACCGACAAAUUUAUUCACGUUGUGUGCGGAUUGUAGAAAACGCUCAGCGAAACGGUCCCAUUGAAAUGCCUUUGAUUACUCUUGCUCAUCACUCAUAUUUGGCCAUGGUCGAGGGCACUGAUGACGAUGAAGCUGCACUCAAAUUCAUAUGCUGGUGGAUUCAAUUUUUAGAAGCCGUCGAGCCAGGUCGGUCGAUAUCAGAGAAGAAUGAGCUGUUUGAAUAUCGCCUCAAAGCCUUAGAGAAGUUAUACCACAUCGAAAAUGGACAGAAAUCGGGCACCUCGAUGCAAAUUCUGAAAUUACUUAUCCGGAGCUAUAAAAACUCGCUUGCCAGUUACCGCUCAUUCCAUCCAGCUCCUCUUCGAAAACUGGAACAACUAGCCACUUGGGUGGAUGAACUGAAAGAGCAAUGCGAAGAUAGUAUGGAAUACUGCGAAGCUUCUGCUUUGUUGGAAGAGGGAAUCGCUUCUACAGAGAGAGAUAAAAGAAAAUAUGAAAAUGAGCAGACCUCAAUGAAAACUCACAUAUCCCGAAAUAAGGAUUACUAUCUGUGCUAUGAAAUAAUGAGAACAUUAUCCCAGGCUUCCUCAUCUUCAAAGGAUAAUUCAUAUCAGUUCGAGGAGCAGUUUUCCAACUCAUUAUCUUCUUCAGAAGAAGAUAUAAUCAUUCGCUUGUAA